CGUUUGCUCGGCCACUUUGCAUUGAGCAUGGUUUUGUGUGUGAUUUUGUUCAGAUGGGAAAUCUACCGUUACAAGUGUUUCGAAUGGUGACAGACGUGCAGCUGGCGAUAUUCGCCAACAUGCUUGGCGUGUCGUUGUUCUUGCUGGUUGUGUUAUACCACUAUGUUGCUGUCAACAACCCCAAGAAGCAGGAGUAGAGCUUCCUACUUCACCCGUCAGUAUGUGUGGAGAGGUGAGAUGAGAACUAAUGCGACCAUGCUGGAGACAACAUUCCCCUUCUCCCAUCGCUCUACAAGAGAUGAAUUUCCAUGUUGUUAGGCCUGCACAAGUGUGUUUUUUGUAAUAAAAUUAUGUAUGAAUGCUAUUUA